AUGGAUGGGUAUAAGUUGUGGUACUCAGGGAGUGACAGGCAUCUAAAUAGUAUGGGGAUCUUAGUAGAUGAGGAGCUUAGAGCGCAAGUGAUGGAUGUAAAGAGGGUCUGUGAUAGGUUGAUGAUGAUCAAGUUGGUCAUUGGGGGGUUUACGCAGCAUGUGUAUAGUGUUUAUGCUCCGCAGGUGGGCUUGGGGGAGAAGGUGAAAGUGGGGUUUCGGGAGGCUUUGGACGAGGUGGGAGGUUAUGAUGAUAUGCAUAGAGGUUUUGGUUUUGGUGAUAGGAAUGAAGAGAGAGCAGCUUUGUUGGAUUUUGUAAAGGCUUUGGGGUUGGUAGUGGUGAAUCCAAGUUUUUUGAAGAAGGAGAAUCACCUGAUUACCUUUCAAAGUGCGAUAGCCAAGACUCAGAUUGACUUUAUGCUGCUAAGGAUGGGGGAUAGGGUUUUACGUAAGGAUUGUAAAGUCAUUCCGAGUGAGCAUCUUUCGACUAAGCACAGGCUUCUGGUGAUGGACUUAUUUAUGAAAAAGAGCAAGAAGAGAAAGGUCGAGGAGGGUCGGCCUACAAUUAGAUGGGGUGGCUUGACGCCAGAUAGUGCGCUGAAGAUAGAAGAGAAAUUGACAGUUUUAGGGGUGUAG